GAACAUUUUGCAUGAUAUGUCACCUUUUAAAUAGAAAACAUAAACAGUGAAAAACAUAAACUGAGUGCUCCAGAGUGCUCAUUUAACUUAACAUGUAUAGACACACACAGAUAGUAUGAUGUCAUUAAUUAUUGUACAUGCAUCAGGCUUUAAAUUUCAGUCAGCAGAUGAGACACAAUCACUCAUAUGAAAUGCCCCAAAGGAAUCUCCAGUUCACACAUGCGUAACCAAAAUACACCAAAAAUUCGUAAUUGUUGUAAUUCUGAUAUUUUUUUGUCCUCUGAGUCUCCCCAUCACUCACUCACAGCCUCUUCCUCUCUGUCAGCCUUUCUCAAGGUUACUUCAGUUCAUAGGGAGUGUCUUAUUGGACCACGUGAUGCGGUGAAUGCAAAGUUACUCUGUGUCACAGCUUUGCGCAGCUGCAGGCACGUUAAAUAAAGGGCUGCAUGGUGUGAUGUGGUAUAGACCAAAAUAACACUUCAGCUUCUGCUGUUAAUUAUAAAACAUAAACUGUAAUGUUCAUCAGAAACAGGAACAAACAGAGUCAAGCUUUGCAUGCAUGUGUCUAUUUAUCUUAUUCUACAUCCUAUUUAAAGACUCAAUGUUUUAACCUUUAAUGUAAGAUAACAAUUAAACACAUAUAUUUAAAGAUUACUGCACAUUGUAGAGGAGAAUAAAUGAAGGUAAAUGCAUCCCCAGAAUACUUUACUUCCUCAGUAACCUUGGCGUCGAGCUCAUCUCCAGUCCGACCUGUAAGCCCUCUCCUUCCAGCAGCAGGGGUGUCUGCCAUUACGCAGCAGCCAACUAGGUGAAGGAGGACUCUCCAGCAGGAGGAAGGAUGCUGUAAUAGGCCCGGGGUCGGGGUCUGUUUCUCCAGUCAGCACGUUCCUGUAGAAAACUGCUGGACCUCUCCAUCCCCUGCCCUGCUCCCCCACUGUGGUCUGUCUCAGAUAUAUCGUCGCCCCCCCUCCUUAAUCUCCCAGAUCGGGGACUUGCUGCAGUCGAUGCUGCAGUUCUGAGCCGCUCCUGCACCGGGACAGCUGACUCAAUGAGAAAGACAUGCUCGCAUUCGUUUUGGUCUCUGGGUCGCUCUGGAUUAUAUUAGAGCUCAGUUCCACCCUGAUGGAGAAGAUGCAGGCCCAGGAGAUGAUGAGUGGCCUGAGGAUACCGGAGAUGGACGAGCUCGGUCAGUUCUUCCGUUCCUUGCCGACGUCCACGCUGGUGGGCAUCGGCGCUCUGACCGCCGUGCUGGCGUACUGGUUAGCCACCAGACCACGGCCCAUCAAGCCUCCCUGCAGCCUGCUGCACCAGUCCGAGGAGGUGCCGCAUGAAGGAGGAGGUCGCAGGUCCAUGAUGGGCGACAGCUCCAAGCUGCUGACACAUUACCAUGAUGACGCCAGGACCAUGUACGAGGUCUUCCAGAGAGGUCUCCACAUAUCUGGUGAUGGACCCUGCUUAGGCUCCCGGCUCCCCAACCAGCCUUAUAAAUGGAUAUCCUACAAAGAGGUGACCGCCCGGGCAGAGCACCUGGGUUCCGGCCUCCUGCACCAGGGCUGCCAACCAAACCCCAACCAGUUCAUCGGAGUGUUCGCCCAGAACAGACCGGAGUGGAUCAUCUCAGAGCUCGCUUGCUACACCUACUCCAUGGUGGUGGUUCCCCUCUACGACACACUGGGCCCAGACGCAAUACGGUUCAUCAUUAACACCGCGGACAUCUCCACGGUCAUCUGUGACAAAGUAGAGAAAGCUCAGGUGCUUCUGGGUAAUGUGGAGCGCAAAGAGACUCCAGGCCUGAGGAGAAUCAUCCUCAUGGAUGCCUUCGACGCCGCCCUGGUGGAGCACAGCAAGAGCUGCGGCGUCCACGUUCAAGGCAUGCAAGAAGUGGAGGCUCUUGGGAGAGAGCAUCACAGAAAACCUAUACCGCCGGCUCCAGACGACCUCUCUAUCGUGUGUUUCACCAGCGGGACCACAGGAAACCCAAAAGGAGUCAUGCUCAGCCAUGGGAACGUGGUGGCAGAUUUCUCAGGCUUCCUCAAAGUCACAGAUAAAGUCAUUUUCCCCAACCAAGACGAUUGCCUCAUCUCCUUCCUGCCGCUGGCUCACAUGUUUGAGAGACUGAUUGAGUCUGUGGUGUACUGUCAUGGCGGCCGGAUCGGGUUCUAUCAGGGCGAUAUCCGUCUGCUCCCAGACGACAUGAAGGCCCUGCGGCCGACCAUCUUCCCUGUGGUGCCUCGACUGCUCAAUCGCAUGUAUGACAAGAUCUUCAGUCAGGCCAACAGCCCGCUGAAACGUUGGCUGCUGAACUUUGCCGCCAAGAGAAAAGGUGCCGAGGUCAGCAGUGGGAUCAUUCGCAGUGACAGCAUCUGGGACAAAAUCUUCUUCAGUAAGAUUCAGGCCAGCCUGGGUGGACGGUUGAGGAUGAUUAUAACAGGAGCGGCUCCUACCUCACCCAGUGUGCUGGGAUUCCUCAGAGCAGCUCUGGGGUGCCAGGUGUAUGAGGCAUACGGUCAGACAGAGUGCACAGCUGGCUGCACCUUCACCACACCUGGAGACUGGACCCCAGGUCACGUCGGCGCGCCGCUGCCCUGUAACCUCAUCCGGCUGGUGGAUGUUCCUGAGAAAAACUACUUUGCCUCAAAGGGAGAGGGAGAGGUGUGUGUGAAGGGACCGAACGUGUUCAAGGGCUACCUCAAAGACCCAGAGAGGACGGCCGAGACGCUGGACACCGACGGCUGGCUUCACACCGGAGACAUUGGCAAAUGGUUACCCAACGGCACACUGAAGAUCAUCGACAGGAAGAAGCACAUCUUCAAGCUGGCGCAGGGCGAGUACAUCUCCCCGGAGAAGAUCGAGAACAUCUACAUCAGGAGUGAACCUGUGGCCCAGCUGUAUGUUCAUGGGGACAGUCUGCAGUCCUGUUUGGUGGGGAUCGUGGUGCCUGACCCUGAAGUCAUGCCUGGCUGGGCGAAGAAAAAAGGCAUAUUAGGAACAUUCAAGGACCUCUGUAAAAACACAGAACUGAAGAAAGCUAUCCUUGAAGAUCUGGUGCGUCUGGGCAAGGCCAGCGGGCUCCACUCUUUUGAACAGGUGAAGAACAUCUACAUCCAAAGCGAGAUGUUCUCCAUCGAGAACGGCCUCCUGACUCCGACGCUGAAAGCCAAGAGACCGGAGCUGAAGGAGUUCUUCAAGGAGAAGAUCGAUCAGCUCUACAGCAGCAUCUCCAUGUGAAGGCCGGCACACCUCAUUUCCCUUCAAGCAUCUUAACGCUAAGAUCCGCUUUGACCUUUGACCUGCAGGGGGACAAAGACGUGACACCUUAGGAGUAAAAUGCUUCAGGAGAGAAAGACGAGUCUGGUCCUACUGUGGAGGAUUUCAAAUGCAUAAAUAAAUCUAACAUAUGAGGUGAAAUACUAAACACAUUGUUAUGAGGAGGCCCCUUUAAUGUGUGCUUUUAAUGGGAUGUAAUUACAUUAAAGCAAACUUAAACAGGCUGGUGCAUCCCAGUGUUGUCCAGCAGAGGGCAGCACAGCUCCAGCUGAGGUAGAUAGAAAACACCAUCUUUAGUUUUACUGAUGAAAACAUGAAAAAUGCCAAAAUAAAAACAAUCACUUGUCCAAUCAGAGGCUUAGAGGUGGAGGGGGGCGGGGCUUAACAUUGCUGACCAGGACAGUGUUUACUGUAUUUUAAUGUGAGGAGGAAGAUUUCAGUCACAAUGAUCACACACAGAAAUAAGAAAUGUUAAUAUAAUGUGAGUUUUAUUUCACCUUCAUUUUCUCAAACUGGUGCAUUUUAAAUCUUCCAUCUUUUGCUCUCUGAUAUCCGCCCAAACCGACCCACUCUGUCCCCAGCACCACAAACUCAUCAGCACUUUUCUGUUGAAUGAUCCAUUCCUCCUUUCUGUUGAUUUGCUCCUCAUCUCCCCUCCAUCAGUUUGAACCCCAACCAGCCAAACACGACGCAAAUCCACAGUCUGACGGCAGCAAGCGUGACGUCUUUGUGUUUAGUGUAGCUCCAGGAGAGUCUAGAGUUGCGAUAAUGCUAACACCUUGUGGAAAAUGGACUUUAACUUCCACUGCAAACAGUUUCUUUUUCAUUGAAUGAACAUCAAACUGUUAUUGGACUCGUUUCUAACCAAACAUUGUACAUUUAGAUCCAAAACACCUGUUUGAGGUCUAAAUGAAAAGGCAUGGAGAGUCUCCUGCCUUACAAAUCAUUGCUGUCCACGCUGUUCCAUUUGGAGCAUCUGAAUGUUUGAGCCACGUCACCACACGUCACGCAUUUACUCAUUUAAGAAGUCAUCUCUACGUGGCUGUGAUCAGCAGUUUAGCAUGCAUGCUCCUUGUUUAUAUGGAGAACUGGCCGCACUGUAACAAUCAUUAGAGAUCACACCUUGCAGUUAGUUCAAUCACAACUUUCUUUAUUUCCAUCUUUGCACAAAUAGUACGUCAGGUAACAGAGAAAAAAAAAAGAAACAAUGCAAAACCAGUGCUCGGGGCAAUGCAUGCAGUUUGCCCUGGAUCUCUGGGACCGAUGCAUUCGACUUGAAAAAGAAGAUUAUUUUUUUGUGGCCAUUAACAGCGGGAUGUAUGCAGCUGCCCACAGCCACUGCUGCUAGUGCAAGGCUCUGUAAUGUAGGGGAAGCUGAUGGACUCACUCACUAAGGGAAAAUAGAACAAACAUCACCUUUUAAACAAAAGACAACAUGUUUUUGGAGGGUUUACACUUAGAGGUAAUGUAUAGGCUUUUUAUGUUGAUUACCGUCCCAAAGCGUAAACAAUGUGGAUGUACAUAAAUGAGGACAGCUAGAUGUAAGCAUAUUUAUUAAAUCAAUGGUUUGAAUGGAUUUUUUUCUCUCUUUUUUGCGUGUAGUGAGAUGAAUUGUACUUAUUUAUUUAUCUAUCUGCUGUAAAAUGGAAUCAGCACCAUAUCCUUGUAAUGAUUGAGUGCAGCAAUAGGGCAGAGGGAGGGUGGGUGAACAGACAUGGGCAACGAAAUAAAAAAUAUUCUGGAAUGAUUUU